GGAUUGCCAGGCCGGUGUGGCCUACGACUACCGAGAGGUGUUCCUCACAGCACUUGCUGUUCAAGCUUCAACCUCAUUAUCACCGCCACCAUGUCAGAGAACAUCCCAGAGUCUGUUCCGACGAGCGUGUCGCAUCGCUCAAAUCGCCCUCUGAAGCGUCGCGCAGUGUCCCCAACGAGCAAGCAACAUGCAGAAGUUGAAGCACUCUUCGCCAAUCCAGAUCGCGCAGAUACUGCAGUUCCUGUGGGUCCUAAGACAAGGACCGCAUUACCCCCUCCAGAAAUUGUCGCAAAUGUGCAAGGUUCAUCGGCAGGCGCUGGUUCUGGCGAGUUCCACGUGUACAAAGCCAGUAGACGGAGGGAGUACGAGCGUUUGCGUCUCAUGGAUGAAGAGACGAAACAGGAGGCAGCAGAGAAGGCGUUCCAGGAAAAGAAGGAGCAGAUGCAGAAAGCUGACGAGGAGAAACUGAGCAAGAAUCGCGCGAAGAGAGAGAAGGCAAAGAUGAGAGCUGCGAAGAAGAAAGCGGGCGGAAAAGAUAGUAUGGACGUUGACGAGGGCGCAAAGCAGCCAGAGAAAAAUGGUGUCAAGAAGAAAUUGGGUCCUGCCAAGGUCGCUCUGCCGAGCAAUGGCGAUGGGGAGGACGUCAAAAUGAACGGAGAGGCAGAGGCUGCGGCCGAGGAGGUCGGCAUUACGAUUCAUGAUGACGAUUGAACAAAUCAGACUGGACCUUGUAACAUGUAAAGCGUCGGGUACUGAGAGCAGAAUGGAUUCUGGCGAGAGCGGUACGGUCGCCAACAGGGACCUGGAUUUCUGGACAAUGGAGACCGGCCUGAAAGUGACUUUGAAGAACUGAAGUCAAAAGUACUGAAGUGAAGACCGCAAAGUGAACCUUUAGUGAAGUGCAGUUCUUAGAGCUUUAACCAUCGUCAGUUUCAAG